AUGACCGUCAUUACCUACACCACACAGGUCUCUCCAGUUCGACUCGGGCCAUUCCAGCCCCCAGCAGAGCCCCUACAGUCCUCCCCCAGGGGCGCUGAGAGCGAGAACCGUGACCCGGGGGAGCAGACACGAACGCGGGAAGCAGACACGAACCUCCAACACCGCAGAGAUAUCACCGACCGCCUUGAAGACACUGUAGCAGCUCUGGGAGCAGGAACUGGGUCAUUCCCUCCCCCCUGGCCUCUAUAUCAGACCUCCCCCAGACCCUUCAGAUCUCCUCCAGACCCUUCAGACUUCCCCCAGACCCUUCAGAUCUCCUCCAGACCCUUCAGACUUCCUCCAGACCCUUCAGACCUCCCCCAGACCCUUCAGAUCUCCUCCAGACCCUUCAGACCUCCAGACCCUUCAGACCUUCCCCCACACCCUUCAGACCUUCCCCCAGACCCUUCAGACCCCCCCAGACCCUUCAGACCUCCUCCAGAUCCUUCAGACCCCUCCAGACCCUUCAGACUUCCCCCCAGACCCUUCAGACCCCCCCAGACCCUUCAGACUUCCCCCAGACCCUUCAGACCUUCCCCAGACCCUUCAGACCUCCCCCAGAUCCUUCAGACCUUCCCCCAGACCCUUCAGACCUCCCCCCCUUCAGACCUUCCCCAGACCCUUCAGACCUUCCCACAGACCCUUCAGACCUCCCCCCAGACCCUUCAGACUUCCCCCAGACCCUUCAGACCUCCCCCAGACCCUUCAGACCUCCCCCAGACCCUUCAGACCUUCCCCCAGACCCUUCAGACCUCCCCCCAGACCCUUCAGACCUCCCCCAGACCCUUCAGACCUUCCCCGAGACCCUUCAGACCUCCCCCCAGACCUCCCCCCAGACCCUUCAGACUUCCCCCAGACCCUUCAGACUUCCCCCAGACCCUUCAGACCUUCCCCCAGACCCUUCAGACCUCCCCCCAGACCCUUCAGACCUCCCCCAGACCCUUCAGACCUUCCCCCAGACCCUUCAGACUUCCCCCAGACCCUUCAGACCUCCCCCAGACCUUCCCUCAGACCCUUCAGACCUCCCCCCAGACCCUUCAGACCUCCCCCAGACCCUUCAGACCUUCCCCCAGACCCUUCAGACUUCCCCCAGACCCUUCAGACCUCCCCCAGACCUUCCCUCAGACCCUUCAGACCUCCCCCCAGACCCUUCAGACCUCCCCCAUACCCUUCAGACCUUCCCCCAGACCCUUCAGACCUCCCCCCAGACCCUUCAGACCUUCCCCCAGACCCUUCAGACCUCCCCCAGACCUUCCCCCAGACCCUUCAGACCUCCCCCCAGACCCUUCAGACCUCCCCCCAGACCCUUCAGACCUCCCCCCAGACCCUUCAGACCUCCCCCCAGACCCUUCAGACCUCCCCGCAGACCCUUCAGACCCCCCCCAGACCCUUCAGACUUCCAGAUCCUUCAGACCUUCUCCAGACCCUUCAGACCUCCUCCAGAUCCUUCAGACCUCCUCCAGACCCUUCAGACCUCCCCCAGACCCUUCAGACCUCCCCCCAGACCCUUCAGACCUCCCCCAGACCCUUCAGACCUCCCCCAGACCCUUCAGACCUCCCCCAGACCCUUCAGACCUUCCCCCAGACCCUUCAGACCUCCCCCCAGACCCUUCAGACCUCCCCCCAGACCCUUCAGACCUUCCCCCAGACCCUUCAGACCUCCUCCAGACCCUUCAGACCUCCCCCCAGACCCUUCAGACCUCCCCCAGACCCUUCAGACCUCCCCCAGACCCUUCAGACCUCCCCCAGACCCUUCAAACCUUCCCCAGACCCUUCAGACCUCCCCCCAGACCCUUCAGACCUCCCCCCAGACCCUUCAGACCUUCCCCCAGACCCUUCAGACCUCCAGACCCUUCAGACCUCCCCCCAGACCCUUCAGACCUCCCCCCAGACCCUUCAGACCUCCCCCCAGACCCUUCAGACCUCCCCCAGACCCUUCAGACCUUCCCCCAGACCCUUCAGACCUCCCCCCAGACCCUUCAGACCCCCCCAGACCCUUCAGACCUCCUCCAGAUCCUUCAGACCUUCUCCAGACCCUUCAGACCUUCCCCAGACCCUUCAGACCUCCCCCAGACCCUUCAGACCUCCCCCAGACCCUUCAGACCCCCCCCCAGACCCUCCAGACCUCCAGAUCCUUUAGACCUCCUCCAGAUCCUUCAGAUCUCCCCCAGACCCUUCAGACCUUCCUCAGAUUCGGAGCUUUGCAAGCCUCUUAUAAACUCCCACUUGUCUAUUUGUGAAAUUGAUGCAUGGAAUUUGACAGCAAGUCUUACGUGCUCUCCUGAGUGCUUUGUCAAGGUCUGA